UCAGUUUAAAUACUGUGUUGAUGUUGUGAAAUAAAAUCAAAAUAUUAUUUGCGGAAAUGCCUCAGGGACGAAGGAAAGUUCCGUUCAGUGGAAAACAGAAAAAACAACAAAUUGCUGCUAAGCGGCAAGCUAAAAGUAACUUCAAUGCCCUUAUUCAGAGACCGGACUUACGACCAAAUUACCUUUCAGAGUUUUUCCCACUCGGCAAUGCAUCGUACAGCUACUCAGAUAGUGAAACUGAGGGAGCAAUUGGAGACGCUGGCGGAGAGGAAGUUAAAAAAAUAAAUUAUCAAAGCUCCCGCAGUGGACGUGGUGCCAACGCAAAUCGCUAUGCACUACAAUUUUAUAAGGAGACCGACGAACGAUUGCAUCAAAUGCGACAAGAUGCUAUGAAACCGUUGCAAUUUGUGGACAAAGUCAGCUUAGAAGUCGGAACGGAUGACUUUGCUGGAUACAAUUUUCCAAAGCGACCGGACUGGUCGUACGCCAUGUCCAAGGAGCAGCUAGAUCGGAAUGAAAAUAGUUAUUUUACGAAGUACAUUUCAAUCGUCGAAAAGUGGCACAGAGACGAGAACAAAAUCAUGAGCUAUUUCGAAUUGAAUUUGGAGACGUGGCGGCAACUGUGGCGAGUCUUGGAAAUUUCGGAUAUUGUGCUGAUUAUUGUCGACAUUCGAUAUCCGACUCUAAUGUUUCCGCCGUCACUUUUCGAGUACGUGACAAAGGAUCUCCAUAAGAAUAUGAUUCUUGUGAUGAAUAAGGUGGAUUUAGUCGAGUCAACUGUGGUGCUAGCUUGGAAAAAGUAUUUUGAAGAGGUCUAUCCAGAAGUCACGGUGGUGCUGUUCACGUCAUAUCCUGGCUAUUUAUUGAGGAAUACGUCUGGAUUGAAUGAAGGACUAAAAAUUCGCAGGCGUCGAGGUAAAAUGAAAAUGGCUCUGGAAGGCGCUCAACAAGUCUUUGAAGCAUGCAAAUCCAUCACCAAAGACGAGGUCGAUUUAUCGUCUUGGGAGAAUAAAAUAUCCGAAGAAUUGAAAUUGGUUCAUGAAUCUACAGCGGAUGACGAAGCUGAAGGACCGGCCUACGAACACACACACGACGAUGAUACUUCGUUCAAUUUCGAGGAGCAUGUUCUGUAUAAAAAUGGUGUAUUGACCGUAGGCUGUGUGGGAUUUCCGAACGUUGGCAAAUCAUCGUUGAUGAACGCUCUAAUGGGUAGAAAAGUUGUCAGUGUUAGCAAGACACCAGGCCAUACGAAACACUUUCAAACCAUUUUCUUAACAAAUACUGUUCGACUUUGCGAUUGCCCUGGUCUAGUGUUUCCGACAUCCACACCUCGGCCGUUCCAAGUGUUGAUGGGCAGCUAUCCAAUUGCUCAGCUGAGAGUGCCGAUGGCAUCCGUGAAAUACUUAGCCGAACGCGUCGAUUUGCGGAAAUUACUCAACCUUACACAUCCGCAAGGUAACAAUGAGACUGUCUGGAGUGCUGUUGACAUUUGUGAAGCCUGGGCUAUAAAGCGUGGAUUUCUAACGGCAAAGGCGGCACGGCCCGAUUCUAAUCGAGCGGCGAAUAGCAUUCUGAGAAUGGCAUUGGAGGGACAGAUCACCAUGUUUACGCUGCCGCCAAAGUUUUGUGGAAAAGAAGAUUAUUGGUCACAUCACGAAGAACUAGCGGCCAUCGAAGAGGUCCAAGCUUUGGGAAAGUUAGACGAGUCGCUGGAUAACACUGUCUCGGACAUAGCUUACUCGGAGGAGGAUAAUGAUUCGAACGAAGACGACAGUCCAGCAGAUACGUCUUUACCGGCCAUCGAGAAUGCUUUUUCUUUGCUUAACACAGAUUAAUUCCGAGAAGUGAUUGCCUGUUCAACCGUUGUACGUGAGCCGAUUCGAUUAUUUAGUCUUAGAAACGUCUCACUGUUUUUCUGAUAAAAUAAUUAAAAAUUUUGAACGAUGAA